GUGCGACAUGCAGGUGACGGGCGGCCUUUGGCGCCGAGGCGGGUCCUGGACGGGGAUGAGGCGGCCGCGCGGCCCCUGGUGCCGCUGGAGGCGGCGGCCGGGGAGGAGCCGGAGGGGGGGGGAGGAGGAGCAGCCGGAGCCGGGGCUCGAACUCACCGACGGCUGGUGCUCGCGCCCGCCUCGACCCCGCCCUCCCCGCCCUGGGCGACACCGCGACCCCAGACGCGCGCGGGGGUUCGAGGCCCGGACGCCCCCCCCCCCCGCCGCGCGCCGGACCAUCCGGGCCCCUCGGAGACGGGGCGCCGGGCUCGAACCCGCGGCCCCCGGCGCCGCCGCAAUGACCCGAGCGGGAGGCCCCACGAGAAGCCGCUUUUAAUGGCCGCGACACGACCGGGGACACACGCUCGUCCGGUCCCGUCCGCCCUCCCCAUCCCCCGGGGAUCCGGGUUCGAUCCCCGGCGCCGGCCGCGUCCCCGCCGUCCCCAAGGACGCCGCGUGCGCGGGGACCCCGAGUCGCCGCCACCGUCGUCGAUGCCGUCGACGCCUCCGCCGCCGCCUCCAGGAGGGCCUCCGGGCUUGCGGGCGCAGAGGACGCGCCGGAAGCCGAAAAGUGCCGACGGCGAGCGGCAAGGGAGUCGGUGUUUCGGUUACCAGCUAAACUAUCACCGACGGCAUCAGCCGAACCCCCGCCGACCCACGCCCCGGGUUCGAGCCCCAGCACCCACCCGGCCGCUCCCGGCCGGGAUCUCGGAUCCCGGGGGGCCCCCGGGCGCCCCGGCGGCUGCCGCAGCCCCCGGGACACUUCCAGCUCCGCCGGAGACGCCGGGACCCCGCGACCCCGGGACCCCGGGAGGGGGCGGCGGCCGUUCCCUCGCCAGCUCCCAGACGUCGAGCCCCCAGCGCGCGUCGGGCUCCCGGAAAACCACCCCGUGGCGGUUGGCCAGCGCCUGA